AUGGAAUAUUUUGCAGCCACUUCCUUCACAACUUUACUUCUUGUCUUAGCAAUCACCUUAUUUUUCUUCACGAUCAAAUCCAACAAGAAAGUCAAGAAACACCCAUUGCCUCCAGGUCCAAAACCAUGGCCUAUUAUUGGAUGCCUCCCUACCAUGCUCCGAAACAAGCCAGUUCCUCGAUGGAUACAUAAUCUCAUGAAAGAAAUGAACACUGAAAUAGCUUGUAUCCGUCUAGGAAACGUUCAUGUAAUUCCUGUCACUUGUCCUGAUAUCGCAUGUGAAUUCUUAAAGGCAAAAGAUGAUAUCUUUGCGUCUCGGCCAAAUAUCAUGUCCGCCAAAAUUGUGUCAAGAGAUUACUUAACAACAGUUCUCACUCCCUUUGGAGACCAAUGGAAUAAAAUGAAGAAAGUGAUGAUGACACAAGUGCUUUCUUCUGCAAGACAUCAGUGGCUUCAUAGAAAAAGAGUUGAGGAAGCCGAUCACCUUGUUCAUUACGUGUAUAACCAAUGCAAGAAAGUUGUAGAUCAAGAAGGGGUAAUCAAUUUGAGAAUCGCUGCACAACACUACUGUGCAAAUUUGGUUAGGAAGAUGAUGUUUAAUAUGAGGUUUUUUGGCGAGGGCAUGGAAGAUGGUGGGCCCGGUUUCGAAGAAGAACAGCAUGUGGAAGCAAUUUUCACUAUCCUUAAUCAUUUAUUUUCAUUUUGUAUCUCUGAUUUUUUGCCAUCUCUAGUAGGCUUUGACUUAGAUGGCCAUGAGAAGGUGGUGAAGGAGAGUCAUGGGAUCAUCAACAAAUAUCAUGAUCCCAUAAUUGACCAAAGGGUUCAACAAUGGAAGGAUGGCACGAAGAAGGAUAUGGAGGACUUGCUUGAUGUAUUAAUUACCCUAAAAGAUGACAAUGGCAAUCCUUUGCUGUCAAAAGAUGAGAUCAAAGCUCAAACUACGGAAAUAAUGAUGGCAACAGUGGACAAUCCAUCAAAUGCUUGUGAAUGGGUAUUUGCAGAGAUGUUAAAUCAACCCGAGUUAUUUGAAAAGGCUAUUGAAGAAUUGGACAGAGUGGUUGGAAAAGAAAGACUAGUCCAAGAAUCCGACUUUGCGCAGCUCAAUUACGUGAAGGCAUGUGCUAGAGAAGCCUUUAGGCUUCACCCCAUUGCACCAUUUAACCCCCUCAUGUUAUGGGAUGAGCCACUCAAGUUCAAACCAGAGCGUCACCUCAAUGGAACAAACAAAGUGGUGCUCACUGAGAAUAAUCUGCGAUUCAUUUCGUUUGCAACAGGAAAACGUGGGUGCAUAGGUGUGACGCUUGGGACUUCCAUGACUACCAUGCUAUUUGCAAGACUUCUUCAAGGGUUUACUUGGAGUUUACUACCUGGCCAGUCCUGUAUCCACCUUACAAAAGCAGAAGACAUCAUGGCACUUGCAAAACCACUGCUUGCACGUGCAAAACCACGCUUGCCUCCACAUUUGUAUCAUUAG